AUGGCGUCGGUGAUGCACCGGUCGAGCUCGGACGGCGGGUCGAGCAGCGGGUGGUCGGACGCCGCGGCGGCCGUGGCGGCGGCGGCGGAGGAGCGGGCCGGGUGGGAGGCGCGGCCGAGCGGGAUGGUCGUGCAGGCGCGUGACGACGCGGCGGGGCCAGGCGGCGCCCCGCCUAGGCCGCCGCCGCCGGAGAUCAAGGUGCGCGUCAAGUACGGAGGCGCGCGGCACGAGGUGUCCGUGUCCCCCAUUGCCACGUUCGGGCAGCUGAAGAAGCUGCUGGCGCCGAGGACGGGGCUGCAGCCGGCGGACCAACAGCUGAGCUACCGGGGCAGGCCGCGGGGCAACGCCGAGUACCUGGACGCGUGCGGCGUCAAGAACAAGUCCAAGAUGGCGCUUGCCGAGGACCCCGCCAGCCUCGAGCGCCGCUACAUCGAGCGCCAGAAGAACGCCAGGAUCGAGACCGCCAGCCGCGCCAUCGGCGCCGUCGCCCUCGAGGUCGACAAGCUCGCCGAUCAGGUAACCAGUAUCGAGAAAUCGAUCUCUAGAGGGAACAAGGUGGCGGAGGUGCAGAUCACGACGCUGAUCGAGCUGCUGAUGCGGCACGCGGUGAAGCUGGAGAGCAUACCUGCAGCCGGCGGGGACUCCUCUUCGCAGAAGAACAUUCAGGCGAAGCGGGUGCAGAAAUGCGUGGAGACGCUGGACGUGCUCAAGGUGUCCAACGCGCGGCUGCAGGCGGUGGUGGUGACCACGAAAUGGGAGACGUUCGACGCGGCGGCCACCACGCAGACGCAGUGGGAGCUCUUCGACUGA